CCAAUAAUAUGUUAUUUAUUCGAAGUAACGUUGAAGAUGGCAGAUAAGAAGAGGAAAGGAAAAAAGGACGAAAUACCACAACCAUCAACCAUUGAAGUUACUGAGAAAGUGCUGAUAGAAAGUAACAAUAACACAACUUUCAUUCUAAUGCUACAAAGCAAGGAAGAAAAUGUUUUGUAUACAGCUUGUGAUGCCAUCCUCAAAGUAGCAAAGAAAGGUGACAGAUCAAAAGAAGAGCUGGUAUCAUUAGGAGCUGUUCCUCCUGUGCUACAACUUUUCAGCCAUGCCAUUCUUGACAUCCAACGUUAUGCAGCAAUGACUAUGACUUACUUAAUUUCUGUUGAUUCUGCCAUCAAACAGUUUGUUCAAUUAGAUGGAAUUUCCUUGACCCUGAAGGCUUUAGCAAUAGAAGAUUUGAGCAUGCAAGAGUUUUUAACUGCCAUUCUUGUGUACGUAGCUGGACAUUCUGAUUACAGAAAUGAAAUAAUUGUAAACAAUGGAGUGGCAGUUUUAUUGAAGAAACUUGAUUCAUCAAAUUCUGAUGUUCAGAAAAAUUCAGUAGAGAUAUUGAAAUGCUUAUUUGAAAAUCCAGAGGCUGUCAAUCAGUUUUGUGAAGCUGGAGGCUUACGUAUUUUGUUUUCAUUGUUAUCGUCUCAGUUUCCAGUCAUCCAGGUGUUAGCAUUAAAUGUUUUACAGAAGUGUGCAAAAAAUGAAUCAUGCAGAAAAUGGAUAUUGUUGAAAGAUGGAGUGGAUCAGUUGAUGGAAAUUCUCUAUAAUGAUGAAUUUUCUGAUCUUCAUGCUUCCACACUUGGAAUCCUUCUUGAGUGUGCUAGUAGCCCAGAUAUUGUAGUUUACCUUCAGAAAGUGUCAGCAAUAAACAACUUUCUGUCUUUUGUGGAAGGAACAGAAGACAAUGAAACAAAACAGUUAUCCCUAAGCAUCCUAGCUAAAAUGGCCCAGACAAAUGAAUUUCGAGAUCUUCUUCACUGUGAUGGGAUAGAAAAAAAUUUACAUCAGCUUCUUAAUCAUCAUUCUCAAAGUGUUCAAACUGCUGCUGCUGAAGUUAUAACAGAAAUGGCUGCUAGUCACUCCAGCAAGGAAUCUUUUCUUAAUCUUGGUACAGUCAAUCAGCUUUCCACUCUUCUGCAGACAUCUAGUGAUGUGCACUUGUUGCAAGCUUUAAUUUCAUCAUUAUCUGUCCUUACAACAGGAUCACUGAAGUCUUGUAGGAUUAUAUUCGAAACUGGAGGAUUGAAACCUUUAGUGGAGGUGAUUAAAACAGAUGUGUGUGAUGAAAUUCUAGAAUCGUCUUUGACUUGUUUGAGGAACCUUGGUAUAUAUUACCUAGCAAGAGAAAAGGCUGUCGAGUGUGGGGUGGUUCCUGUACUUUUGAAAUUCCUGAACUGUAUCUCCUCAGUGAAGAACUUUCUCCUAUUUCAACAUUACUUAGUUUACUGUCUUCAUGGAAUCCUUUUGUUGUUCUCAAUAUUUGUUGGCUUAUCCAGUCAGCAGCAUCUCUUCCAGUGGUUGCUCAAGAGUUUACUAAAAAUGGAGCCCAGUGAUAGCACAUACGAUGGUUUUUAUGACACUGGAGCUAUGAGACUAGGAGAAAUGUUUGGUACUUUAGAAGAUUACAGGUCCAGGCCAGUAGAUGCAAGACGGCCUGUUUUGAUAGUGAACACAACCAUCUUUCCUUCACUUCCUUGUUGUACAUCAACAAAUUCUGAAGCAAGUGUGUCAUUGUCUAGUGAGCAAGAUACGAAAGAUUCACCUCAGAUGAAAACCAAAACCUCACAGUUACAAAAGAAUGUACCAUCCAGCCCACCUGGUUCAGUGAUGGAUCCCACAGUCACCGAUCUUCCAUCAGAUCCUCGGCUUCAUACUUUUGUUCAUCAAGUGGAAACCUUGUUGGAUUCAGCUUCUGAUAUGAAAUCUCAGCUACAGUUGUUAGCACAGUUUGUCAGUGACAAAAUGGGAGGUGCUGUGCAGGUUGGGCAAGAUCUUGCUCUUGGAGUUGAACUUCAUCUCAAUGAGCUGAAAAACAACCUUCAAUGUAAUGCCCUACCUUUGGGAUAUCUCAAGAAAGGAUCUUUUUCUCACCGAGCCCUACUAUUUAAGGUGUUAGCAGACAAAGUUUUACUCCCAUGCUCACUGGUUCGGGGAACUUAUGGAAGGGCUUGGAACGAAAUACUGGUACUUGGUGGCUUCUUACAGGAUGAAAGGCCAUACACAUUAUCAGAACGUUACAUUGUUGAUGUGAUGCACAUUCCAGGGAGGUUGCUGCAUCCCGAUUCUACGGAAGCUGCAGAGUACAUGCACAUUUAAUUUUUGUGCUUCAGAUUUUUUGUUAUUUCUGACCUAUGAUGGCAUUGUCUAACUGCAUGAGAGAUUUUAGCAAACAACAACAAAAGAGUUCAAAAUUAAAAGUUUAUUUGUAGUUAUUCACAAAGCUAUACAAUGGGCUCUCUG